AUGAAAAUAUUAUUGAUAUUCCUAAUUUUAUUCUCCUUUGCUUAUUGUGCUUUAUACUAUCCUAUUUAUAUUGGUGAUUCGAAAAAUACCAAUGAUGUUAGUACUUGGAACUUUGAAAAUACCUAAUAUUUUUACCGUACUUUCAAGACAAGUGUUUAUGGUUAUAUCAUAAAUAAUGAUGGGAAUUAUGUUUUUCAACUCGCAACUUCUUCUCCUAACACUGAUUCAAUAGUAAGAAUUCCUCUCACUCCUGAUAAAAAUACAACAUAAACUGGAAUUAUUUUCUACUCUUAGUUCUAAUAAAAUGAACUUUUUGUGAUUUUAGAUUGCAAUUAAAAAGCUGCCCAAAAGCUCACCAAUUUAUGUACUCCUACUUGUACUAAAUUGGCUGGUAGAAUUUAUUAAGGUCUAUUCAAUUAUGGUGGUACUUGUUUAGAAUACUCAGGAUUCGGUCCUUCUCCAUUUGCAAUCUGA